AAUCACCAAAUCCAGUGACAGAUUCAUAAGUAAGCAGUGAAAAUCUAGUGCUGUUGUGGAUUCUGAAAGAGUCUGUCUUCAGGACUGAAACACUGAUGUUACCAAAAUACUUUUAAAUCAACUUCAAAUAAAACCUUCCAAUGACCUGUUACCAUUUCAGGUGUUGGCAGGAGCUGUUAUAGUGUGACCUACAGAGACAAAAGAGUCUGUGCUGUGGAAGGGUCUUCAGUGGAGUUUGCUGGAAAUUACUCACAUCCCAGGUAUCUGAGUGUUAGAAAAGUAUUCUGGCAUUAUAUUCAGCAUGGUAAAGUCUUCCAGGGCCUGAAGCAGGAAACACAGUUUACUAAUCGAGUUGAAUAUGUGAAACAAGACAAAAGCAGCACUUUGAAAAUGAAAAACCUGACAAAGAAAGACUCUGGAGAAUAUCAACUUAGAUUCCUUACUAAUGAUGGUGAAGGAUUCUCUGCUGAACCUGGAGUGAUUCUGGGUGUUACAGAUCUGCAGGUAAGAGCGAGUUGCUCUGCAGUGGCAUCAGAAGGACAGACUACAGUAACGCUGAGCUGCAUCACCUCCUGCACUCUCUCUAACAACCCCACUUACAUGUGGUACAAGAACGGACAGCCUGUUACUGACAAACUCACCAAACACAUCAAGCUCUACCUGAACUCCAGUGAAGAUGCAGGAAACUACUCCUGUGCUGUGAGAGGACGUGAGGAUCUCCGCUCUCCUGAACUAACUGUGACAUGUGAGCCACAAAACUCAGAGAAUUCCAGAGUGUUAAAGGUCAUCAUGGUGGGCCUGGCUGUCUUCCUGGCAGUAACACUCCUCUCAGGAGCUCUGUGGAUGUGGAAGAGGAAGUCGAGCUCAGAUAAUGGCCACAGCAGCACUGGUGAGAGCGGACAGAGUGUUCCAAAGCCUGGAGAUGACACAUACACAGCACUGAACCCCAUGAAUACGUCCCCAGAUUAUGACACUCUGCAAAACAUUCAGGACUCUGCCAGUGACACUUACACAACUCUGAACCCUGCAACCACGUCCUCUGAUUAUGAUACGCUGAGGGGUGUGGCUCCUCGACUCAGUGAGGAGAAGUACUCCAGAACUGCAGAAUGAGAACGAACAGUUGAGUUUGGUUAGUGACUUUACAUUCAGCAUCAUGAACAGCACAGGAAGGUGCUCAGGGUGAGAGUUUUAGGAUUAGAGUUGAGGAUUAGAGUUAAACGGCAUUAAGACGUCACAACAAACUAAAGUCUGUCUUAAGUAAGUGUCAUUUAUUUAUGUUAUUCAAGCAGCUCCUUUAGUUUCUCAGGUGUCUUUCUGUACAUUAUAGAUAUGCUCCGCACUUGUAUAGCGCUUUUUAUAAUCUUAGCAGGUCUCCACUGUUUCUCAUUCACCCAUUCACACACACACCAGAGCUGCCACGCAAGGCGCUAGCCAGCCAUCCGGUUAAACUUGGGGUUCAGUGUCUCGCCCAAGGACACUUCGUCAUGUGGAGUCAUGUGGGCCAGGAAUCGAACCUCCA